AUGGGGAUGAUGCUGACCGGAAACAAUGGGACAGAUCUACACAAAGGAAAUGGGCGGCAGCAGGAGGUUGUGGAUGGUAUGGAUGAGGACACAUUGGGCAAGGCCAGAAAAGCUGCGAAAGCACACUUGUAUGCACUGAGAGAUCACGUGGAACAAGCGAUGGAGGCUUUUCAGAGGCUUGAGAGCGUCGUCUUCAUGGCGGCUGAGACAGUGAAGGCAGAUCGCCGUGCCCUGAUGGAAGACAGAAUAGCAGCUGCCAGUGAGCGACACAAGGCGGAGGCCGAGCUCGUUACGAAGCAGGAUCAGAUUCGACGGGAGCAAGAGGAGUUGCGGCAGGCUCGAGAGCAGCUGGAGCAAGAGCGCUGGCAGCUCAAACAGCAGCUUCGACAGACGCAGGUGCACACUCCGGCAGAGAGUCAGACCAUGACACCGCCAAAGGCGCCCAUGGUCGAAGACCAGGGCGUUCCGAGCGUUCCGAGCAUUCCGAGCGUUCCGAGCAAGGCGCCAUCUGCCGGCUCCUGGAGCCCCGCCCAGGUUUUCGCGACGUCCGGCCGAGUCAUCGUCUUUGGUGGCUUUGAUGGUACCGCGGACCACCGUAGCACGGAGAUCCUGGACACGGCCAACAUGACCUUCUCCAUGGGUCCCACAAUGGGAGUCGGCCGAAGCGGUUGUGCUGUCGCUUCGUUGGAUGAGAGAAGAGUGUUGGUGGCCGGUGGGUUUGAUGGCGCCAGGAGUCUCGACACCACCGAGUUGGUGGAUCCUGUCACGCUGAAGGUCACCGCUGGCCCCAGAAUGGGCACCAGGCGCAACGCUUGCGCAGCGGUGAGACUGGAUGCAAAGAGACUCUUGGUGAUCGGCGGCUCAGAUGAUGCUAGCGAACUGGACUCCACCGAGGUGCUCGACUUGGAGAAGAUGACGUUUUCCAGCGGGCCUCGCAUGGGAACUCGCCGCAACGCCUGCGCAGCAUCGCUGAUUGACAGCCAACGCUUGCUGGUCAUUGGCGGGUCCGAUGGCGGCAGUGAUCUGGACAGCACCGAGCUCUUAGAUCUGAGUUCCAUGAACUUCUCUGCGGGACCCCGGAUGAGCACCCGCAGAAAUUUCUGCGCCACCGCACUUCUCCAGCCGGGCGCAAGCCUGGCACCGAGGGGUCUCUUGCUGGUCCUGGGCGGCUCCGACGGUUCGAGCAGUUUGGACAGCACCGAGGUGCUUGACGUUUCCAAAAUGUUGUUCCAGCCGGGCCCAAACAUGGGCACCUGGCGAAGCGGCUGCGCAGCUGCGACACUAAGCUCUGAGCAGCUCCUGGUGGUGGGAGGCUUUGACGGCUCCAAUCACCUGGACAGCACGGAGGUGUUGGACGUGAAGCACAUGUCUUUCACGUUGGGGCCGCGCCUGAGCACUUGGCGGAGUGGUUGCGCUUCAGCCCCUUGCUGA